GAGACCGAAUUGCUCGGGGGGACUGGAUUGCUCAUGACACCGGAUCGCGUGGUUUGCCUGCUGCAAUCAGGAGAAAAACGUUUACUUUUCAAAAAAAAUCCCUACAUCAGCGAGAGUGUGUUCGCUGCAUUUUCAGUCAUUCAGUAAUUUGUGAUUAAUAAAAGCAGAACCACUUAAAUGUCUUGUUUUUAUGCUAACACUGUCAAACUAACUUGCAAAUGUAAGUUAUUGAUUGAUUCAUUCAUUCAUUCAUUUCUGAUCACCCUAAACACAUGAGUUAUAAAAAUAAAUAUUUAGACAAUUUUGACGAUUGUAACACAUAUUUUUUAUUAAAUACAACUGCCCAAACCCACUGCUUGUGACUCUUUAAAUAACAACGUUAGCUAAAUAUUUAGCAUUUUGUCUGUUUUAAUAACUUGGCCAAAACAGAAGUGCCAUCUUUUGAACAUGUGUUGAUUCAUCGCACAGAAUACAACGGAGAAAUUAUUUUAUAGAAUCAUUAAGAUACGUAGGUAUUAACACAUUGUCAGUAAAUAGCUGGUUUGCCAACCAUAAGACUCCAAAAGAAGAAGUGUCACCUUACUAUAAGCUUGAAGGGAUUUAUAGCUCUUAAACUCCUGCAAAGUGUAAAUAAAGUCCUGCAAAAACAAGGUAAUUGACCAGAUAUGUAAGCGGAGGUCCGUAAUCCAGUCUUGGGCUGCUAAAUCAUAUGGAUCUAUGUUGUUUAUUUGUCCAAAUAAAGUUUUUUGGCAGUAGCAUUUAGUUUCUCCCGAUAGGGUCCCUUCUCUUUUUCUUUCAACUUCUCGAUUUCUUCCGUUCUUCUUCAAUUUUACCUAGUUUUAGCUUAACAUGCCCACAAUUAAAUGGCAUAGCGGUCGGCGGUGCCUCUAAACAUGGCGCCCACGUCCCAUAAUGCAACACUGCAGUGACGUACAUUAACAUUCCCUAUUGCAUUUUCCCUUCAAAAUCAUGCAGCCUGUGGGAAAAUAAUUUAAGUCAUUGGCUUUAUCUUAUUGAUGAUGUAAGUGGGUUCCUGCAAGUUCCUGUCUCAUCUUAAUAUGAAAUAUAUUGGCCAGGUAACUGUGGCCCUGGUACCUUUUUGUUCCAUUGUUUGAGUUGAUGGCCGUUUGCUUAUGCUUGGACCAAGGGUCUGAGUCAAAGGUGUAAACCCAUUUCUAUGAUAAUGAAAUGGUUUGAGUGAAACAGUGGGUGAGAUGGUAAUGCUGGUGGGAUUAAGGGUUUGUGAAACUGAAGGAUUGGGAGUGGCAGGGUAAUCUUUUCAAUGCUUUGUUUAAAGUUAAGUGCUUUGUUUUCCAUUAAGGGGACUGCCCCCUAAGAUGCCAUAUAAAAUGAAAUGCAUUUAUGUAUUUCUAUAUUACACACCGCCACAAGACCUUUGAAAUGAAAAGUGUUUAAAAACUAUGAUGAACAACACAAGUGCUGAGAGUUUGUGUUGUAGACCACAGAGUAAACAGUGUCAUGUUAUUACAUUAAAGAUUUUCUCAUUGUUAACCCUUUAUGUUUAUUUGAUCGUAGUUCAUCUAUAAAUACUGUGAAGAAGUCAAACAAGCAGCUGCUGUCACAACACAUUCAACUACUCUACUAUUCUGAUCCACUGUUGUAAUGAUGGAGUGUGUUAAAGAGGAGACUGAUCCUGAAUCAUUCACAAUAACACCUCAACAUACUCAACAACAAAGAGACUUUGUGGAAGUGAAAGAGGAAGGUCAAGAAUGCAAAGAACUGAAGGAUGAACAUAAGGACCACAAUUACACGACUGACAGCUGCUCAGAAACUGAUCAGAAAUCCCCUCAAGAAAGAUUUAUAGCAAAAAGUUUUCUUGAAUGCCAUUAUUGUGGUAAGACUUUCAGAAACAGAGGGCACCUAACAACUCACCUAAGAACUCACACUGAGGCACCUCACGCUUGCUCCCACUGUGAGAAGACUUUCAUCCAUAAAAGUAGACUUGUGGAUCACAUGAAGAGUCACACAGGUGAGAGGCCUUUUGCUUGCCCUCAGUGUGAUAAACGUUUCAGUUUUAUAGGAAGACUUAAUUAUCACAUAAAGACUCACAGUACUGAAAGGCCGUACGUCUGCCCUCAAUGUGGAAAGAGUUUCUUAUUUAAAGCAUGUCUAAAGAACCACAUACGCAUUCACACUGGCGAGAAACCUUUUAAAUGCCCUCAGUGUGAUAAGAGUUUUAAACAAAGGGGACCUCUUAAGCAUCACAUACGAAUUCAUACAGGUGAGAGACCUAUCACAGGUGAUGUGUGUGUUAAAAGUUUUAAAACAAAUGAAUACCUUAAAUAUCACAUGCGAGCUCAUACAGGUGAGAAGCCAUUCUCAUGCGACAUUUGUGGUAAAAGCUUUAAAAAAAAUGAAUAUCUUAAGAAUCACAUACAAAUUCAUACAGGUGAGAGCCCUUUCUCAUGCGAUGUGUGUGGUAAAAGCUUUAAAAAAAAUGAAUAUCUUAAGAAUCACAUACAAAUUCAUACAGGUGAGAGCCCUUUCUCAUGCGAUGUGUGUGGUAAAAGCUUUAAAACAAAUAAAUAUCUUAAGAAUCACAUACAAAUUCAUACAGGUGAGAGCCCUUUCUCAUGCGAUGUGUGUGGUAAAAGCUUUAAAAAAAAUGAAUAUCUUAAGAAUCACAUACAAAUUCAUACAGGUGAGAGCCCUUUCUCAUGCGAUGUGUGUGGUAAAAGCUUUAAAAAAAAUGAAUAUCUUAAGAAUCACAUGCGAGUUCAUAGCGCUGAGAAGCCUUUCUCGUGCGACGUGUGUGGUAAAAGUUUUAAAAUUAAAGAAUAUCUUAAGAAUCACAUGCGAGUUCAUAGCGCUGAGAAGCCUUUCUCGUGCGACGUGUGUGGUAAAAGUUUUAAAAUUAAAGAAUAUCUUAAGGAUCACAUGCGAGUUCAUAGCGCUGAGAAGCCUUUCUCGUGCGACGUGUGUGGUAAAAGUUUUAAAAUGAAAGAAUAUGUUAGGGAUCACAUGCAAAUCCAUACAGCUGAGAGCCCUUUCUCAUGCACCGUGUGUGGUAAAAGAUAUAAGCAAAAAUUAUAUCUUUUGAAUCACAUGCAAAUUCAUACUAGGAAUGUGUAGGUUUGUCAAAUUUUCAUUCUGAGUACUCUUCGAGUCUUAAAGGUGCUCUAAGUGAAUUCGCUUAGAGCGCCUUUAAAAACAAGUUGUUGAUUAAUCGGAAGGCAAGCAUGAGGGGCAAUGCGUACGCAUCAUGGUGAAAAUGUAAUUAUAUAUAACAGCUCGCUUUUUGUGAGCAAGGGCUACCACAUUUUUUACUUGUUGAUUUUAUUUCAUUGAUUUAUUGAAUUUAUCUUAUUGGUUGAUAUGUUAUUAUCA